AUGAUUUACAUAUUCCUGUGGAAUCAUUAAACAAGGCAAUGUGGUGGGGAAUUUAGAGACAAGUCUGAGCACGUUGGUUCAUGGACACUAUAUUAUAUUGAUCAAAGAGAAAUUUAUGUAUAAACAGGCAGAUACAACCACUGCCAGACAUUUAAGCCACGCUGCCAGAAGUCAACUAAAUGGCAGGUCACCCAUCACCACUGUCAGAAGAGGUUCUGGCACAGUUAAACCAAACCAUGGCUGCAGAGGUCACAGCUUCCUCACGGAACAGGGCAGCCUCCAUCUCUACCCGAAGGAGCUCACAUUCUGUUGAUUUGUCUCCACGCCCACUGCUGCGCUUGAGAAGUAUAGAUCAGCGUUUACUUAUUCUUUCUCGAAGGAGCUCAGUUGUCAGCAAUGCAAAUAUACCAUUUUCUCGCAAGAACUCUGUUUGUGCUUUGGUACCUGCUAAGCAUUUGUCUCUUGGACCCUGGGCUCAUUAUGGACGUGUGAGUUUUUCAGGGCUACCCCUAUGCCAGCCAAUCAGGGAGAUUCAAUAUGAGAAUACUUACAAGACAGGUCCAGAAGAUGGCUGCAGGUUCAUCCCACACAGAGUCCAGCAGGUUCUGGAGAGUACACUGAGCAGUUAUUUGGGUGAUACUAAGUACAGCCCACUGACUUGUGGACAACUGGCCCAAAGUCUUGCAGAACUAAUUCGUAGUAAGGUGAAGGACCUUAUGCCUUCUCGCUACAAGGUAGUGUGCAAUGUCAGUUUGGGUCAGAUGGGUCAGCAAGGUAUUAAGGUAGCUAGCCGUUCUCUGUGGGACCCUCAGAAUGACAACUUUGCCUCUGCUACAUAUGCAAAUUCAUCUCUGUUUGCUGUUGCUUUAGUCCAUGGUGUAUAUUUUGAAUAGAUUCUAAUACUGAUAUAUAACCUUAUCUCUAUAAUUAGGACAUAACAAGAAAAAUAUUGCUAUUCAAACCAGAAGUCUUGUCUCUCAGUGUAGAAACAAUGUCUGCUAACUGGGAUUAACCUUACAGAAUUAAUAAUUGCUUUUCUAGUCCCCCUAUCUGCCAAGUCCACAGCAGAGCCACAUUAAGCCAACCUUGACACACAUUUACCAGAUUCUUAGAUUUGUGUCCCCAACAAUCUCUAGUAAAUUUGGAAUUCCCAAAACUUACCCUGCCUCUCUGCCCAGUUUUGCCCCCAACCUGCCCAUUAAGUCUUGGAUCCUUCUACCUAGGGUUGGUCAGUAAAAUAAUGCUUGAUGCUAAUGAUAUUAAUAGGACAGAAAGAUAAAAACGUAGUAAGCCAGGUAUCUUGCCAACCCAAUUCCCACCAUCGAAUGGCCCCAAAGUGCUUAUGGCCCAGGAUAUAUUCCUAUCAGAGCCAUGCCAUGCAUCCAGGACCAUGUACGAUACUGCUGUACGGGACUGUGGGCAUAUGCAGUAUCGUAAAAAUCAGAAAUUUUACUAUGCUUAGACAGCCAAAAUGGACACUUGUAAACUAAACAUGGUGGCAUGUCACUGAUCAGAAUAUACCCUGGACUGCUGCAUUUUUCCUGCAAAGAGGAGUGUCACUGCAGGAUCUAAGGUUGGUGAUUGCAUGCACUAGGGCAGUGCUGUUCAACUUCUGUGGUAUCGAGGGCAGAUUAUGGAAGCCAGUUUUGACCACUCCCCUUUUUUAAACU